AGAGCUGAUCGACCUGCAGAAAUCAUCAAUCAUCCCAUCAACUCAUCAAGGCAUUGCCUAAACAUUAAGGCAUUUAGUUCGUGAACAUGAAGGUUUCCACUCUGCAGCCGCUACUUCUUCUGAUCAUCUUGUCUAGUUCUUGUUGCCUGAGUGCAAAUGCAGGUGCUCAUGCGGCUCAGGGAAAUCACCAUGAAAUCAAUCAGUUCAUGGUCGUGGCAACAAGCUCCCUGAAGCACAUCCCAGACGAUGCAGUCUGCUCUGGACACAAGGUAAUGCCGUCCCGCAACAGCACCGCCUGGGUGCCGAUGAACCGCCCGCACGGCCCAUGCUCGUCGUCAUCAUCAAGGGCAACGACGGUGGAUAAGGGUGUUGAUGUCGAUGACAUGCUCCUGUGGGACCAGCUUCGCACCAGCAACAUCCGGACGCAGCUCUCCGCCGAUGUUGGCAGUGCCGGUGCGGGUGUACCCAUAAUUGCCAGAACUACCAAGGUGUCUAACCAGGAUUACAUGCCGGCAUCACAGGCGGCAGUGGGGCAAAACUCAGGGACGUCAAAAUCGAUCCAAAAGUCUGAUCAGACGGCGACUGGCGAGCACCACGCAACGGCGAGCCAGACGGUGGUCGUCGACACGAGCAGCGACAUCCCGUGGGUGCAGUGCCUCCCGUGCCCCAUCCCGCAGUGCCACCUUCAGAAGGACCCAUUCUAUGACCCGGCCAAGUCGAGUACAUUCGCUCCAAUCCCCUGUGGCUCCCCAGCCUGCAAGGAGCUCGGCAGCAGCUACGGCAAUGGCUGCUCAGGCAGCACGGACCAGUGCAAGUACACUGUUAACUAUGGCGACGGUAGGGCAACGUCCGGGACAUAUGUCACUGACACGCUGACGAUGUCCCCCACCAUCCUAGUCAAGGACUUCCGGUUCGGAUGCAGCCAUGCCGUGAGGGGCUCCUUCAGCGACCAGACCGCCGGCGUUCUGGCCCUCGGCGGCGGUGGUGGGUCGCUUCUGGAGCAGACGGCGGAGGCCUACGGCAACGCCUUCUCCUACUGCAUCCCGCACCCGAGCUCCUCUGGCUUUCUCUCGCUGGGCGGGCCGGCGGAGGCCUCCUCCAAGUUCGCACGCACGCCCCUGUUCAAGAACAAACAUGCGCCGACGUUCUACAUCGUGCACCUGGAGGCAAUCACCAUGGCCGGGAAGAGACUUGGUGUGCCGCCGGCUACCUUUGCCGGCGGCGCAGUGAUGGACUCUGGUGCAGUAGUCACGCAGUUGCCACCGGCAGCGUACGCUGCACUGCGAGCCGCGUUCAGAAGCGCCAUGGCAGCAUAUGGCCCACUGGCGGCACCCGUGCGCAACCUCGACACAUGCUACGACUUCACUCGCUUCCCUGAGGUGAAGGUCCCCAAGGUUUCUCUCGUAUUCGCUGGUGGCGCCACCUUGGAGCUCGACCCGGCAUCCAUAAUGUUGGAUGGCUGCCUGGCGUUCGCGCCCACCCCCGGUGAAGAAUCCGUCGGCUUCAUCGGCAACGUCCAGCAGCAGACUUACGAGGUUCUCUACGACGUCGGCGGCGGGUCCGUGGGUUUCCGCCCUGCUGCGUGCUGACGUCGCAGGUUGCAGGACAACCAAUCGUGUGAUAUGACCCACUACUAUCUAUUUGGGAUCUACAAGCUAGCUCAUUUGAGAUCGAGCUAGUUUGCUUUAAAUAAAUGCAAGAAGAAGAUGUAAUGCGUGUAAUGUUUUUUCUUUUCAAAUGGCCUAUGAUUGUAAACCUUACAUGGUGCAUUUACUGACUGUUAAGCCAACUUAUAUAAUUAUUUUACCGAUUGA